AUUUCCCUGCUAAAAAUUGAUGGCGGAGAGAAGGGAAAAUAAUAUGUUAGGGUUCAGCAGGCUAACGUGCAUUUCCCCUCCCCGAAUCCCAGGAAUCUCUCAGAGGCCCACUUAUCUUCUUCCUCAUGACUCUUGUUCCCCGUUUCUCAAAACCCAAUUUCGAAUUCCCAGCUCCCCUUCAAGAUUCGCAUUGUUUGCUCAAAGUGGGAACAAUGACCUAAUCAAAGAAUCCGGCGAGAAGGAGCGGCCAAGUGGUUUCGUCAACGGUGACGUUGGCGAUUUUGAUUCGAAGAAGGAUCGGCGGCCGGUAUUUAAUUUCAGGCGGGGUGACCUGCUGGACCCCGACCCUGAAAACAUCCUGGCCGUUGGAUUGACGGGUUUGCUGGGGUGGGCCAGUGCCCAAGUUCUGUGGCAGCUAUUUUUCAUCUCGGUGGCCAUUCUGGUUGCUGCUCUCCUCAUUUUCAUUCUUAUUACCCUUCUUUUGAAUGAAUUGGGAGAUGUUGUGAAUUAUGAGCUCAAGAUGAAUUGGGAGAUGUUGUGAAUUAUAUAUAUAUAUAUAUAUAUAUAUAUAUGUAUCUAUGUAUGUAUGUAUAUAUGUAUGUAUAUAUAUAUUUCUUUCCCUCAUUGAAGAGUCUGAGGAAUAUAUGCAGAUUCAUCAGGCUUGUUCUUAUAAUCAUAUUUGCCAAAGUAGAGAUGAAGUAAUAAAGGAGCAGAGUGUAUAUGAUUGUCAUAACAAAAAAGCUUCUGCGUAUAUGAAGCCGUCAAUAAUCAAUUCUACUGCUC